AGAAGUUGGAUUGCGGACGUUUGUGAACUUGUUUGACUGCGGAUGUACAAAAGAAAAGGUGAACGAAUGACCGCCACUUCCCCACAUUCAGCGUCCCUUGCCUAUAAGCAAAAGCCAGAUAUAAAUCACAAUAAGACAAAAUCACACGAAGAAGAUUGAUAAGAAUGGUAGCUAGCAGGUCGGAUUGCGAGAAAGGUGAGUUUUUUCUUGUCAAUUAUUUCAGAUGGGUUGGAGAGGGGUGUUGGGUUUCGAGUAUGGGAUUGUGCAGGCGCCGUUGGGACCGGAUAUCUCCGGCCCGGAGCUUGUUGCUGCUGUUGCUAGUGCCGACGGUCUUGGCCUUCUUAGAGCCCCUGAUUGGGAGGAUCCUGAUCACAUUAGGAGAAUCAUAAGAGAGACAAAAGCCUUAACAGACAAACCAUUUGGAAUAGGAGUGGUUCUUGAGUUUCCUCAUGAGGAGAAUAUUAAGGCUAUAUUAAAGGAAAAAGUUGCUGUCUUACAGCUUUACUGGGGUGAAUGCACAAAGGAGCUUGUUCUUGAGGCUCAUAAAGCCGGGGUCAAAAUUGUGCCCCAAGUGGGAAGCUAUGAAGAAGCAAAGAGAGCCUAUGAUGUUGGUGUCGAUGCAAUUAUGGUUCAAGGCCGUGAAGCAGGUGGGCACAUUAUUGGCCAGGAUGCCUUAAUGACUCUUGUGCCGAGAGUGGUUGAUCUAGUUCAUGCCCGUGGCAUACCAGUUAUAGCCGCCGGAGGCAUAGUGGACGAGCGUGGCUACGUUGCUGCUCUUGCACUUGGAGCUCAGGGUGUUGCAUUAGGCACGAGGUUUGUUGCAACAGUGGAAAGUAAUGCUCACCCAAUUUACAAGAGAAAGUUGGUUGAAUAUGAUGAGACAGAGUAUACAGACGUGUUUGGUCGUGCAAGGUGGCCAGGGGCACCCCACCGUGUCCUAAAGACACCAUUCUUUAUGGAGUGGAGAACUCUCCCUAGUCAUGAGAACGAGACGAGUCAACCUAUCAUCAUGGGUUAUUCAAUCAUACAUGGCAGGGAAAAGGAAAUUCGGCGCUUUGCAGGACCCGUCCCUAAUGGAAAAGCAACCGGAGAUAUAGAGAGCAUGGCAAUGUAUGCUGGUCAAGGUGUUGGCCUUAUAAAGGAAAUUCUGCCGGCCUGUGAAGUGGUCCGUAGGCUGGUCAGUGGAGCACAACGUUUGAUCCAUGAACAGGCCAGCGUGAGCACAAAACUGUGAAAUUUUGCGUGUAGCUGCAAACAGCUAGUGUUAAUGUAUCUUUAAAUUGUAUUUGUAUGGUACUUGACUUGUCUGUGCUUUCAAAUAAAGAGAAAUUAUGCUUUUCUUCAAAUGAUAAACUCAUUUGUUCAGUUUGUUAAAAUUAUUGAUGAGAAGUAUAAGUAAGUUCAAUUGUAGUAUUGUACUCCGUAUUUCUUUAAUAGUUUUAAGUAGAUAAUAAACGAAAAACAUCUACUUAUUUUACAGAAACUCCAAUGUCAGAGCCUAGAAAUAUGGAUCUAUUUUGUUUAGAGGAGAUUGCUCAGAUUAAAGAUAC